AUGUAUUCUUCAACAUAUUUUUGUUUCCUCCAUUUCUUCUUCGUCCUCAUAGUUUCUUCUUCUGCAACUGCGGCAUGUGAUCGAUGCCUGCAUAACUCCAAGGUCGCCUACUUCUCCGGCGAUUAUGCCAUUUCUCGUGGGGCUUGUGGGUAUGGUUCUCUAACCACAAGUUUCAGUAACGGAAUGGUCGCUGCUGCUUCUCCUUCCAUCUACAAAAAAGGAGCUGGCUGUGGUUCCUGUUUUAAUGUGGGUCUGGUGUUUCCCCAUUUCCUAUAUUUGGGUUGGAUAAGUUGCAAGAACGCCACUCUGUGUAGUAAACAGGGGACGAAGGUGAUAGUGACAGAUCUCAACAAUGACAAAAACACAGAUUUUGUCCUUACCCGUAGUGCUUUUGUCGCCAUGGCUAACAAGGGCAAAGAGCGCGAUAUUCUCCGUCAGGGUAUUCUCGAUGUCCAAUACAGAAGAUUUGAUGGGAACAGAAUACCAUGUGAAUACAAGAACAAGAACUUGACAAUUAAUGUGGAUGAGAGUAGCCAUAGGCCAAGCUAUCUCGCCCUCAAAUUCAUCUAUCAAGGCGGUCAGACAGAGAUUGUCGAAGUUGACGUGGCUCAGGUUGGUUCUUUGGACUGGAGUAGUUUGAACCGGCGAGGCAACGAUGCGGUGUGGGCGACGAGCAGAGUCCCAAGCGGCGCAUUGCAAAUGAGAAUGGUGGUGACCUCAGGGUUCGACGGGAAGUGGAUUUAUACGAAACACAGUGUUCUUCCGGCGAACUGGACACCGGGAUCCAUGUACGAUUCCGGCCUUCAAAUAACGGAAAUAGCUCAGGAAGGAUGCUCACCUUGCGAUGAAGAACAAAUCUGAAGAUGAAUAUCACCA